AUGAUGCAAUAUCGUGUAUUAAAUGCUGAGUUCUAGAUAAAUAUUGGAUACACAUUUUAACUAAAUUUAUAUAUGAGAGUUGGUAUUAAUUUGCAUUAGAAAACUUUGCAACAUACUAAAUGUCCCUUCUUAAAGACAUUCAAUAUAAAUAUGACAUCAGAGCAGGCUAUAACUAAAUAUACAAAAUUUUGCCCUUAUCUUCAUUAUAAAGAAAUGAAGUAAAUAUAAAUAAGAUUUCUAGAUCUGAGACGAAGAAGUGUCCUAUUGAUCAUAGCUAAUUUUACAGUAACUAAUUCAAAGGGGUGAUUCAGUAAAUUAAAGAUGAAGGACGAUAUAGAGAAUUCAAGAGUUUGUUACGAACAAAUGGUGAAUUCCCAAGAGCUAUCAAUAAGACUCCUGCUGGUGACUAACCAAUAACAUUGUGGUGUAGCAAUGAUUAUUUAGGUAAGGAUAUUAAACUAAAAAUAAUAGGAAUGUCUUAAAAUCCAAUGGUAACAUAAGCCACUAAAAAUGCUAUUGAUCUAACAGGAAUAGGUGCAGGAGGAACUCGUAAUAUUGGAGGUACAAGCAUUUACCAUGUUGAAUUGGAGAGAGAACUAGCUGAUUUACAUAGAAAAGAUAGUGCAUUAGUUAUGAACAGUGGCUAUGUUGCCAAUAUGGCCACAUUGGAUACACUCGGUAAAGUUUUAAAGGAUGUGACAUUCUUAAGUGAUGCUAAGAAUCAUGCUUCAUUAAUCGAAGGAAUGAGAGCAACUAAAAAAGAUAGAAUCAUUUUUAAACAUAAUGAUUAUUAAGAUUUGGAAUAAAAAUUAAAAUAAUUAGGUAUUUUUAUAUUGUAUAAAAUUAGAUAUUUAAUAAAACAAAGUCAUAGUAUUUGAAUCUGUUUAUUCUAUGAAUGGUACUGUAGCACCUAUCUAAUAAUUUAUUAAUCUAGCCAAAAAGUAUAAUGCUCUUACUCUUAUUGAUGAAGUUCAUGCUGUUGGUAUGUAUGGUGAAAGAGGAGCAGGAGUUACUGAAAAAUUAGGAUUAUAAAAAGAUAUUGAUAUUGUCACUGGAACCUUGGGUAAAGCCUUUGGAUGUUCAGGAGGAUAUGUAUCAGCAAACACAGAAAUUGUUGAUUCUAUCAGAAGUACAGCUAGUAAUUUCAUAUUCUCAACCUCUAUGUCUCCAAUCAUUGCAGCAGCUUGUUUGGAGUCUGUCAAAUAUUUGAAGACGCAUCCAGAAAUUAGAGAAAGACAUUAAUAUGUAGCUUCUCUUAUUAAAGCUAAACUCAAAAGUAAAGGAAUACCAGCACUCAAUAGUGCAUCUCAUAUAGUUCCAGUUUUUAUUGGAGAUCCUCUAUUGUGUAAGGAAGCUUCUGAAAAACUACUUAACGAAUAUAACAUCUAUAUUUAACCUAUAAAUUAUCCAACUGUUCCUAGAGGGUAAUAUUAUGUAUUUAAAUUUUUAGAUAAGAGAUACUUCGUAUUUCUCCAACUCCAUUACAUACAGAAGAAAUGAUUGAUGAGUUGGUCGAUUCUAUCGAGUGUGUAUUUAAGAGUCUAAAUUUAAAAAUGGAAUCUUAAUACACAGCAGAAUAAAGAGCUAUUUUCUAAUGAUAGUAAAUUAUUUCCAUUAAAAUAAAACACAAAAAUAAUACUUAUCCCC